CCAGGAAGUGAGAAUGUGUCAUCUGUGCCAAGAAAAAAAAACGACAGCACUUUUCAAAUCCGUGAGAUCUGUGAGGGAGGGCGCUUAGGAUCAUCUCAGGGGGCAUUUGCGGGGCAAAAAUAACAAAAUCGCAUGAGUUAAAAGAGGAAAAGUGCACCAGAGGAACUCUCUAAGUUGGUGUGAUUAUCAGAUGUGUGGACAGAGCGCAGAGACCUGAGGGGACAGUAACUGUAACCGAGCAGAGGGCUGGGGUUUUUUGUUUUCCUUUCGUGGGACGGUGUGUCCAGGCUGUUGUUGUUAUCUGGUCAGGAAGUUUAUUUAUUUAUUGUUCUGUCCAAAAGAAGAGAUGCAAAAUGUUGUGGAUCUGCGCUUGAACGAGGAAGAGAUCCUGCUGAAAGCUGUUCCACUCGACCUGAGAUAGUUCACUCUUUCUGUUAGCUUUAGCUUCACUCAACGGCAGGCUGAUGGCCCGGAGGCGGUCGGAGGCUCGCGGCGGACUGCUGGCGGACAUCCAGACCGCGAUACUGACCGAACCGCUGGACUCUCUCUUCCACAUCACCGGCGAGCUCGGCAGGGGAAAGUUUGCAGUGGUGAAGAGGUGCGUGGAGAAGGUGACGGGUAAAGAGUUUGCGGCCAAGUUCGUGCGGAAGCGGCGGCGAGGCCGCGACUGCAGGGCAGAAGUGAUCCACGAGUUGGCGGUCCUGGAGACGGCCCGGAGCAACCCCCGCAUCAUCAACCUGCACGCAGCCUACGAGAACGAGCACGACAUCAUCCUGCUGCUCGAAUAUGCUGCAGGCGGUGAGAUAUUUGACCACUGCGUGUCUGACGAGCUGCUCUCCGAAGGUCAGAUCGUUCGCUUAAUCCGACAGAUUCUUGAAGGCAUCAAUCUGCUGCAUCAGAGCAACGUUGUCCACCUUGACUUGAAGCCACAGAACAUCCUGCUGACCAGCCUGAGUCCUCUGGGGGACAUUAAGAUUGUGGACUUUGGGCUGGCGCGUCGACUCGGCUCCGUCGGAGAGCUGCGAGAGAUCGUGGGUACACCUGAGUACGUAGCUCCAGAAAUCCUGAACUACGAGCCCAUCACGACAGCCACAGACCUCUGGAGCAUUGGUGUGAUCACAUACAUGCUGAUCACGGGAGAGUCUCCGUUCGCCGGCGAGGACAAGCAGCAGACCUUCCUGAACGUCUCGCAGGUGAACGUGGACUACAGCAAGGACGCAUUCUCUCGUGUAUCUGAACUCGCCGUCCAUUUCAUCCGAAAACUGCUGGUCAAAGCACCAGAAGAUCGCCCGAGCGCCGCUGACUGUCUGAGUCACCCAUGGCUGUGGCAGCAGUACCCAGGGGCCGAACCCUCUCUUCCACCAGCAGCCCCGCGGUUCCCCCGAGAGCGCAGCGGCGGUGCAAAGUGGGCGUCGGCUCCCGGGGACCUUGAGGACAAAGAGAACAUUCUGGAUUCACCGCAGUCCAAGAGGUUCCGCUUUGUGGACGACGCACACACGACGAGGGACAGCAGCAUCUGAACACGCGUUUUUCCGUCUGAAUUACUUCUGGGACCACACCAAAGAUGAUCUGCUAAAGCUAGAGCUUCCUGCUGCACAAUAACACGUAAUAAUGAUAAUAUCACUGUCUUCUUCUUCAGUCAUCUCAGAUAUUCGAGCAGCUCUUUUUGUUUUUCUUUUGUAUAUGGUUUUAUUAUGUGUUUGUGUUUUUAAUUUGCUCCAUUAUAUCUAUGUUAUUGUUUUGUUUUUUUUUUGGAAUAUUUAUUUGACACUGAGUUCCAGUAAGGUGCGUUAUUUUAAUGUAGGAUAAUUAGAAAAAAAAAAGGCCAACGGUUCCUCUAAACCAGCAAUCUUUUAAUAGUAGGGAUGUUGGGUUAAUUAAUCGUUUCUUAUUCAUUGUGAUCACUGAUUUUUUGGUGCUCCAAAUCACAAUAUGCUGGACUGCAGGGGCGAGCGAGCUUAUUAUGAAUAAACAGGGCACUGGAUCAGUUGGGGAUCGUUAGUAUUAGUAUUUAGUAAAUGGUAAAGAUUAAGGAUGAUAUUAUUCCAGCGUGUGUGUGUGCAUUGCCCUUUUUGGGGCAUGUUGCUCAACUUAAAAGUCACACACCGCACCCUGUAUUGCUCAUAUCUGUUUUUUAUGUCUGUCAUAUCUGUCAUAUGUGUUUUUUUUUGUUUUGUUUUGUUGUUUGUUUUUUUUGAGUAAUGUGCACUUCCCCAUAGUGACAGAUUUGGAAUACUGCCAUAAAGUACUUAACCCCUUGAGAUCUGUGUGCCUCGGUGAAAUAUGAAGGGAAGGAAGAGAGAAAAUCUUAUAUAUAUAUAUAUAUAUAUAUAUAUAUAUAUAUAU